UCCUCCUCCUCCUGCUGCUGCCUGGCUGGCUGGAGCCGGGGCUGGAGCCGGGGCUGCGGGGCUGCGAUGGCCCUGGCGCUGGUGCCGGGGCUGCUGCUACUGGCUCUGCUGGGCUGCCGGCUGGCCCAGGGCUUCGGGGAGGACGAGGAGCGCCGCUGCGACCCGAUCCGCAUCCCCAUGUGCCAGAGCCUGGGCUACAACGUCACCAAGAUGCCCAACCUGGUCGGGCACGACCUCCAGGCCGACGCCGAACUCCAGCUCACCACCUUCACGCCGCUCAUCCAGUACGGCUGCUCCAGCCAGCUCCAGUUUUUCCUCUGCUCCGUCUACGUUCCCAUGUGCACAGAGAAGAUCGACAUCCCCAUUGGACCCUGUGGCGGCAUGUGUCUCUCUGUCAAAAGGCGAUGUGAGCCUGUCCUGAAAGAAUUUGGGUUCUCCUGGCCAGAAAGCUUGAACUGUAGCAAGUUCCCACCCCAGAAUGACCACAACCACAUGUGCAUGGAAGGUCCAGGGGAUGAAGAGGUUCCCCUCCAUAGCAAAGUGCCUCUCCAUCCUGGAGAGGAGUGCCACAGCAUCGGAUCUAAUUCUGACCAAUAUAUCUGGGUUAAAAGGAGCCUAAACUGCGUGCUCAAGUGUGGCUAUGAUGCCGGCCUCUAUAGCCGCUCGGCCAAGGCGUUCACCGACACCUGGAUGGCAGUCUGGGCAAGUCUGUGCUUCAUUUCCACUGCCUUCACCGUCUUGACCUUUCUCAUUGACUCCUCUCGCUUUUCCUACCCGGAGCGCCCCAUUAUAUUUCUGAGCAUGUGCUACAAUAUUUAUAGCAUUGCUUAUAUUGUCCGGCUGACCGUAGGCCGGGAAAGGAUUUCCUGCGAUUUUGAAGAGGCGGCAGAACCUGUCCUCAUCCAGGAGGGCCUCAAGAAUACAGGAUGUGCUAUAAUUUUUUUGUUGAUGUACUUUUUUGGGAUGGCGAGCUCCAUCUGGUGGGUGAUCCUGACACUGACCUGGUUUCUGGCAGCAGGACUUAAAUGGGGUCACGAGGCCAUCGAAAUGCACAGCUCCUAUUUCCACAUAGCUGCCUGGGCUAUCCCAGCGGUGAAAACCAUUGUCAUCUUGAUCAUGAGGCUAGUCGACGCAGAUGAGCUGACUGGACUCUGCUACGUCGGAAACCAGAACCUGGAUGCGCUAACAGGAUUUGUCGUGGCUCCCCUUUUUACCUAUUUGGUGAUAGGGACUCUUUUCAUCGCCGCUGGCUUGGUGGCUUUAUUUAAAAUCCGGUCCAACCUUCAGAAGGACGGGACCAAAACAGACAAGCUGGAGAGGCUCAUGGUGAAAAUUGGGGUCUUUUCGGUGCUCUACACCGUCCCAGCUACCUGUGUCAUUGCUUGUUACUUUUAUGAAAUCUCCAAUUGGACUAUCUUCCGCUACUCGGCGGAUGACUCUAACAUGGCUGUGGAAAUGCUCAAGAUUUUCAUGUGCCUGCUUGUGGGCAUCACAUCAGGCAUGUGGAUCUGGUCUGCCAAAACGCUGCACACCUGGCAGAAGUGCUCCAACAGAUUGGUGAACUCAGGGAGGGUAAAACGGGGGGAGAAAAGAGGUGAUGGCUGGAUGAAGCCUGGGAAGGGGAACGAGACUGUGGUAUAAACAAAACAAAACAAAACAAAACACCUCUAGUGGGCAGUUUCUGUUUUUCCCUUUCUCCCUCCCAGUGUGAGAAGAGUUGGCUGCACAGAGCAGAAAUGGUUGAUUUUCAAGCUGGGAAAGAAACCACACAGAAACUUGGCAUUUUUGCAGAAUUUGGGAAUUGCUUGAGCAGAGAAGACCCCACGGUAAGGACUUGUGUGCUACAAAGAGUAGAGCAGAGCUUCUGAAAAGGAAACAUGAAAGCCCGGCUGUGGCUUCAGAAAGCUGUGAAAACAAACCUCAGCACCCAUUGGGACUUCUAUUGGAAAGAAGCAUCCUGUGGAACUUUACACCAUCCUCUAAUAACACAAAAUGUGCCUUCUCUUUCUCUUUCUCUCUCUCCCCUAAAUUCUUGCUCCUUCACAAGUCAUCUAUUUAGCAAUAGCUCUUAAAGUAAAAAAAAAAAGGAAGGAAUUCAGAGGGCAAAUAUGUCUGCCAGUGUAGGAGACUUUUGUGAAGAGUAGUGGUUGCCUCUUUUAGGAAACCCAUAACCCAGAGGCCUGCCACCUAGAAGAGACAGAAGCUUAUGUUCACUAUUAGUUCCUGUAUCAUUGCAAUAUUUUCAAUUAAGUCAAAAUACUACAAAAUGUUAUGCAAGCUGUUGGAUUCUACAGAGCUCUUCAUCCAGCUAAAUGGUAAACAAAGCAAGCAGGGGUUGAGGAGGAAAGCUGGCUGGUGUUGAAGUCACAGAGUGCCCAUCUGCAUUGCAGAAGUAAUGAAGUUUGACAUCGCUUUAACUGCCAUGGCUCCAUCCUACAGAAUCCUGGUAAUUUGGUGAGGCACCAGCAUUCUUUGGCAGAGAAGACUAAAAAUCUCAUAAAUCUACAAAUCCCAGGAUCCCACAGGAUAGCGCUAAAGCACUAAAAGUGGUGCCAAACUGCAUUAUUUCUGCCAUGUCAAUACAGCCAGAGUCUGUUUUUAGUUAUAAGAUGGAAUGUGAGAGGUGGUAGCAGGUAUUAAAAUUAGGCUUGACAGGGUGAUGUGCAGGUUUCUGGUUGUACCCAGGACGGUCCCUAGGGCUGCAGGGUUCAAGAAACCAACUGCUGCUCUGCUCUUUUUCAAAAUACAUAAUUCAGUUAUUUUGUGCCCGUGUUCAAGCAAAAUGUUUUUGUGCCUUCAAAUCAACUCCAAUUUAUGGUGACUGCAUCCUCAGGUUUUUCUAACAAGAUUCCUUCAGAGGAGGUUUUUAUUACCUUCCUCCAAGGCUGAAAAAGUGUGAAUUGUCCAGGGUUACCCAGUGGGUUUCUGUGGCUGAUCAUGGGAUUCAAACCCUGGUCUCCUGGACUCUUAGUCCAAUUCUGAAGCCACCACACCAUGCUGGCUUGGAAACAUACUGCCCUAAGGUAGAUCCACUGAAUAAAUUGAUGAAUAGUAAGUCCACAAGUAUAUAAAUCCCACUGAUUUGGUGGGUCUGGUCUAGUUGGGACUAGCACUUGGAUUUGAGUAAUAGAUUCCUUUGGAUUAUGGAUGAGAAUUGUACAGUUCACUGUGCUGUUGAAGUGUAAUGCCCAGCAUACCUUAGAAAUGGCUAUGUUGGCUAGGACUGCUGGGAGUUGCAAUUCAACAAUUCUGGAAGACUGCACAAUUCCCACCUCUGCUUUGGAAGGCAGAAAACAAAAAUAGAGAAGCUGGACAAAUGAACAAAGAUAGAUAAAUUUAGACAAGGUAUUGUUGUUGUUUUAAAGAAAACCAAAUUCAGGAACUUAGCUAGCUAGAGGCAGCGUAGCCUCAGACCUGCCAUCUCCUAAUGGUACAAAAUCCUCUUCAUUCAUCAUCAAAUCCCACUAAAAUUCAGUGUUCUUCCAGUCAAAUGUAAAGUCUGUCUUUAUAUCUCUAUGUUGAUGGGGUAUGGGGGUGUCAAACCUGAAAAAGUAAACAAGAAUCCAGAUAAUUUGAUUCAGAAUGGGCAAGUUCCUAAUACUGGAGGGUUCUACUCCAUUCAAGCCAAUAGCAGAUUCAGGGGCUGUACAGAACAGCACUUUGUGCCAGCCUGUAUAAGCGGUGAGGGCUCCAAGGCCUUAGCUACGCUGCCUGGCCGCCAUUAUGGCAUGCAUCCAUAUGGUGCACACCAUGAUGGCACGCACCGUGCGCAGCGCCCAAAUGGUGCGGCACAGAAGGGGCAUCAUGAUGGCACACUGUGGUGCUUCCUUCCAGGAAGCUGCUUGGAGCAGCUUCUUUUUGUUCCCUAGAGGGAGCGGAUUGGUGCUGCUGUGACUGGCAAAGAGGGGUGGCAUCCCACUGUCCAUCUGUACAGCCCCUCACCUUGCUAUUAGAAUUGGUCUGCCACCACCAAGGUUCCUAUCUCCAAAACUGUAGCAACAGUGGUGGCUUUCUGUGGGGCAGAACAAAGUGCUCUGAAGGAAAGGGAAGAAUGAAAAGAUCCAUGUGUUGUCAGUGAACAUUGGCAGCAGCAAAUGGGAGCAGCAAAAAUGGUCAAGAAGAGGGCAUUUACAGUUGGCCUUCCAUAUCCAUGGAUUCUUUAUCUGUGGCUUCAACCAUCCACAGCUUGAAAAUAUUUUUAAAGAUAUAAAUUUCAGAAAGUAAACCUUGAUUUUGCCAUAUUAGUAUGUCAUUGUAUUUAAUGGGUCUUGAGGAUCCAUGGAUUUUGGUAUCCACAGCAGGUCCGGGAACCAAACUUCAGUGGAUAGCAUGGCCUAGACUGCAAACGCCUUAUUUUGAGAAAAGUUAUGAAACACAAUGGUCCCUUUGCUAAGAGGAAUCUUUGCUUUAAGGCAAAGAUAGGCCACUGGGUUGGGUCCAGGGGUCAUUUUCAUCCUCCUCUGGCUGCAUACCCCUCAACUGUCCCAAUUUGGCAAGGACAAUCCUGAUUAGUCCUCUGCCAUCCUGCUUUAACAGCUGUUUUUCAAAUGUUGCAGUUCCUCUCUCCAUUUCCCAUUUCUCCCUUUGUCAUUAGCUUACUUCAGUUGUUGAGAAUUGAAUUGCAAAAUUGCAAAACUAGUUUACAUUCCUCAGUGGAGGGAGAGGACAGUUGGGGAUGAAAUUUUGUCUUUCCCAGUGGGCUUAAGCAAAAGCAAACUGCUGCGGUCUCUCCUAGCUUGCAUGUUCUCCCACAUUAAUAACUUUUCUUGUGAAAUGCUGGAGAGUAUGCAGCUCUAUCUAAUCUUGCUUGAUGGGGAAGGCUACAUAUAUUGAGAAGUCUGGAUUUGAAACCAAUAUCCUCCUUGAAGCUCUUUGACAGGCUUUAAAAUGGGUGCAUUGGCUCUAACAGCAAAGCGCCUUAGACGGAGGUCCCCAUUGAAACCAUUAGGACAAAUUAAUCCUCAUUCAGCUUCCAUUGCCUUCCGAGGGAGCUCAAGUUUAGUUCCUUUUGUCAGGAUCCAGCCUCCUGCACACACUCUAAAGUUGUUGGCUCUGAAGCUGGGCUGUCAUGUGCUCCUUUUUACCCACAUCUUGUGCACAGCCCCUGGUGGGGUUUUCAAUUGCACAGGGUGGAACUGGGCAGCAUAGGCCUUGUUCGAGGAGGUCUGGUAAACUGAGCCAUUUAUGUAAGAGAGGGCUGCCAACAAAAGUAAAUGCCUGCAGGGUUGAAUUAAUUAUAAGGCGAGAUUCCUAACUCUGAUGAUGACGGAGUUAUCCAUGCGCUUUGGAAGCCAUGUGUUUGAUUUUCCAAAAAUUCAGUACUUUGAUAAACUGUGUCUUUUGUGGUGUAGUCCCUUUCAAACUGUAAACUGGAGAUGGUUGAAAUGCCACACUGCAUGAUUAAGAACCUCAAAUACACCAACAUGUUGAGAACGAGCACAUUGAGAGUACUUCUCCUUGUGCUAGUUGUCUGUGUGCAGGGAUAUUUUUUUAAAAUGGGAUGUUCAGCGUGUAAUUCCUCAUCUCCUGUCUCCAGAACCUGCAUGUAGAAAACUAGCACAUCAGGGAGAGGCUCUCCUUUUGCUAGUUUUCUUUUUGCAAGGCUAAUUAAGCUGUUAGUCUGAAUGUGUCCAUCCACUUUUGACGGCCACAGUUUUGUAACCAUCCAUAGCGUGCAAGCAGAACAUUUCACUGUUGUUUUUGAUGGGAUUUGUGUGGUGUUCCCCACAGUAAAACUCAUGAGCACUCUAUUGUGCAGCUCCUUUUGUCAUUGGAGCUUUGCUUAAGAGCCUAAAAUUCCUCUUUGAUUGCACUGGCCCUUAUCUUAUCAGAAGAGGCACCAAAAAAGAAAAAAAAAGAAAAAAAAUUAGAAACUGAAACCUGAGCUUAAAAGAUUUAACAGCCCAAUCUCAAUGUAUCUCUCCCCUUUUCUCCCCUGUUCCCUGAAUCUUUAGCCUUUCCUCUGACCUGGAUAGGUGAUCCUGCUAUUUCCCAGAUUCCUGUGGUAUUCUUUGGUCUAAGAAAUCCCCCCUCUUUUUUUAAAAAAAUUUUUAUAGUCCAUCAACAUGGGGCUAAUGAGGAAAAGUGAAUGGAGGGUCGUUUUUGACAAUUGGCUUAUUCAGAGCCUGUUGUGUUUGGUGUUUUGUUUUUAAAAAAAUCUCUUCUCCCCAUCCCUCCCCUCCACCUCCUUCACAUAAACUAAUCUGGCUUUCCCCGGAGACCCA